AUGAUUACGGUGGUAGACCCGGAUGCUCUAGGAGCAUUCUCCAGGGUUGUCCCGCCCCCUAUCUAUGACUGGAACCAUCGACGAAAUCAGAAUUCGUUCAUUGGAGUUCUGACCAAGAUAACGUUUCCAGAGCUCUGCAAUUUGAUCCUGAAGCACACCCCACCCGACAGGGCAAUCAGGAGUAUCUGGGGAGCACUCGAUAACGUUCCACUGGCAUCCAAUCCUCCUGUUCAGCCGAUGGAGGUGCAGAUCACUGAUUCGGAAGAGGUCGAGGGUUGUUUGAAGAAUAGCUUUGGCAGGCCUCGGAGGAUACUGGCGGUACUCCACAGAGCGGGGGCGGUUGCUAAUUUGGGUGGUGCUGAAACACCGCCUCUGACACGAGCAUUCCCUCAUAUCGAGGAAGACGAUUACACCAUGAUCGAUAUUCCAGCAGAGGACUCUGAUUACGAGGAGGGAAAUCACCGCAUAAAUGGUAAAGGACUGAGGGUAUAUUUGCCCAGAACUGAUGCCAGUAAUCAAAGGCUAAUCCAGACUCUUGUUAGACGUCGCGAUAGACAGCAGGAUGCUAUCGACGACUUAGACCCCAAAUACCUGAGGAAGUAUCCUCUGGGUGUAGAGGUUGCUGACGCAAACUUUGCACAGGGAGUAAUCUGGACGCCUGCCGGGAUAGCAGCCAAGAGAGCUGCUGACGCACUCGCGGCUGCUGCUGGAGGCGGUGGUGGUGGUGGUGGUGGUGGUGGCAAUCCUCCUCCGGGCGGUGGUGGUGGUGGUGGUGGUGGUGGUGGUAAUCCUCCUCCGGGCGGGGGUGGUGGUGGUGGUGGUGGUGGUAAUCCUCCUCUGGGCGGCGGUGGUGGUGGUGGUGGUGGUAAUCCUCCUCCGGGUGGACCUCCUCCUCCUCCUCCUCCUCCUCCUCCUCCUCCUCCUCCUCCGGGCGGACCUCCGGGCGGUGGUGGUGGUGGUGGUGGUGGUGGACCUUCUGGAGGCGGUGGUGGUGGUGGUGGUGGUGGUGGUGGAGGUGGUGGGCCAGCUGGAGGCGGUGGAGGCGGUGGUGGUGGUGAUGGUGGUGGGCAUCAUUAG